AUGAUACCUGUACAAGUCUUGAUGGCUGAGAGGAAUCCCUCCCAGCCAUCAAGACAUACAAGUCUCGAUGGCCGACAGGGAUUCCUCCUGGCCUUUGAGACUUGGGCGGGGCGGGAGUACAUUUAUCAAUGCACACAUGUAACUUGUCAACUGGAAGGAAACCCUUCCAGCCAGCAAGGUACAUGGACCUCAUCAACUGUAAAGGAAACCCUUCCAGCUGGCAAGGUACAUGCAACUGGAAGGAAACCUUUCCAGCAGGCAAGGUACAUGUACCUUGAUGGCUGGAAGGAAAACAUUCCAGCCGGCAAGGUUGUGCCUUGCUGA